AUGAUCGCGACGAGUGUAAGAAUUCUCAAGGAAUACGAGCGCGCCGUUAUUUUCCGUCUCGGACGAUUAACGGCUACCCGUGGACCCGGGCUUGUGUUUAUGAUACCGUUCUGGAUUGAGCGGAUGCAGCGCAUUAGCUUACGUGUGAUCGUCAACGAUGUCACCCCUCAAGACGUGAUUACAAAAGACAACGUCUCCGUGAGCGUCAAUGCAGUGCUCACCUUUCGGGUGACCGAAGCGGAUAGAGCGGUGAUCGAGGUUGAAGACUUCGGUUUUGCAAUUGCCCAGGUCGCACAGACCACGCUCCGUAGUGUGCUUGGACGUGCUGAACUGGAUGACUUACUCUCGGAACGCGAAAAAUUAAAUCAGGAUUUGGAGGAUAUCACCAAGGCACAUUGUGGACCGUGGGGGGUCGAGGUGCUUUCGAUGGAGAUCAAGCACGUGGAUCUCCCCGCUGAGAUGCAACGCGCGAUGGCGAAACAGGCGGAAGCGGAACGGGAACGGCGUGCGAAGAUUACACACGCCGAAGGUGAGUUCGAGUCUGCCGAGGUCUUAACCAAUGCCGCUGAAAUCCUCAGCAGAACCCCGACCGCCGUGCAACUCCGAUUCCUUCAAGCUUUGGUAGAAGUCAGUGCAGAGAAAAACUCAACCGUCAUUUUCCCAAUCCCGAUUGAUCUGCUCAGUCCGUUCCUUGAGAAGACAAAAGGUUCAGAAGGAUAG